UAGUCUUGGUUUUGGUGUCCCGCGCGGUGGAAAACCCCGUGUGCGUCUGUGUCUGUCUGUUUUGUACGGAAUACAGAGGAGCAGCAGCAGAAGCAGCAGCAGAUUUUUGCUCGGUUCUCGCCCCCCGGUCGGUCCUCCGUGGUUUUUGUCGUGUGUUGUCCCCGGAACGCGUCCGGAACCUGUGAUAACCCGUGGAGUGCCGUCGUGUUCGGUGUUGUGGGAGUUGGCUGAGCUUUCGGAAGAGCUGGGAAGAUUCCAGGAUCGAGAACUGUGUAGUCUGACAGGUUCUUGAAGUGGCCUGGAGCAGGAUUCAAGCUGAACAGCUUGGACCAGCAGUGUUUUCAGUGUUCCAAGUGUGUGUGCGCGCUGGUAGUUCCUCCGGAACUUCCAGGGGCUCCAGAGGGGACUUCCCCACGAAGAAGAGGUUGGCGUCGAACGCGUGACGAGCAGUCGGUGUCGAGUGUGUAUGCAUUCAGGCGCAAUCGAAGUGAAGAUUGCCAUCUGGUGGCGAAUCGUAUUAAAUGCUGCUUAAAGUGAGUGCGAAGCAAGCUGAAACCGAAAUCAAAGAAGCAAGGCUUUAAGAGUCGCGGUGGUGUGGUGGAGGAAAAGGAAGGAGGAGGUCGUGUCGCGUCGAGAAUCUCGUCGUCGCCGUGGUGUGUUUUUGUAACUGUUUUUUUGUAAGAAAAGUUGGUCGCGCCUGCAGCGCGAUUCCGAGAGUUUAGUUUUAUACGAAACGUGUGGAGAACACACUUUUUAAAACGAGAGUUAGAGAGCCCAUUCGGUAGUUAAAGUUGAUGUGCGUGUGUGCUAGAGUUUACCAGUUUUAAGCUUCAUCAAAGUCUAGUGAAAGUGUUUAUUUUUCUACUUCUCCCAGUCCCGUUUGUAAAGUAGAGUUCAUAGUAUCGAAAGCUAUCAAUGUUAUCAAGCGUUCAGCACUACUCGUAAGUUAAGCGUUGUAAGGACUCUCAGUAAAUAGACUUGGUGGUAGCAUAAGGAAGAGACUCUCGCUACAAAUGGGUGACUUUCUGUACGGUGGAUCGGUGCUGGCGAACGAUUCGUGCGUGUCCAGCCAGUCGCUGCUGGAUACGUUGAGCAUCAACAACCUGCUGAACAUCAAGCACCUGACAAACGGUUCGAACGUCGUUGGGGCGGGAGCCGGAGGUGGUUUAAGCCCGUCCGUAGCGUCGGAACCUUCAUCCAACAGUCCAAAUUCGUCGUCGCUGGUUGAUCCGUGUGACAACAACAACAGUAGCCAAAAGCUGGGCAAGAAGCCGGACGAGCAGGGUCUGUUGAUAACGGGAACGGUUCCGAUGGCUGCGUCCAACAACUCGAACAUUCCAGCCAUUUCUAGUGCCGCAAUGUCCUCGGAGGUCGCGGCCAGUGUCGUCAACACUCUAUCGUCACUGCAGCUGUCCGCGGCGCAGCAUUCCGACGAUGAUACGUCGACGUCCUCGCUGCUGAACGGCGGAUCCAUAGCUUCCCCGAUCGCAUCCAUGAACAACAACAACAACAACAACCCGAACGCAGCCAACAACAAUCUGCUGAUCGAGAACUCCGACCUGCACCUGUCAAGUGCCGCGGAAGAACUCAGCCUAAAGGGCGCCGACCUGAGCUGUCUCGGAGUGACUUCGUCCUCUUCUCACAUGGUCCUACCCCCGAACGGUGGACUCAACUUCGGAACAACCCCGGACCACGCCAGCAGCCCCUGGUCCACGAGCAUAGACGAAGCCACCAGCUCGCAUCUCUCGAUCAACGGGCUCAGCGCGUUCCAAAACUUCUCCAGCAAUCAUCUCUACAAUGGCGCCGCCGUGGCCGCUGCCGCAGCCGCAGCCGCCGCCCAACAGCAACGCCGGGCCAUCACCGCAUCGCACGGUGGAUUCCAUCACGGCCUGUCCCCAACCAACACCAACCCCAACCACAUGCUCCAACAACAGCAACAACAACAACACCCCAACCAAUCCCAGCAGCAAAACCAGUUCAAGAACUCGUACCCAACCUGGUCAAACCCCGCCCCGUCCGGCCCCUGGUCCCAACAACCCCAGCACCCCCAACAACAACAACAACAACCACAACCCAACCCGAUGAACUCCUGGAACCGUGGCCGUUCCGUCCCCAACAACAUGAACCUGGGCAACGGCCUCACCGGAUCCCUGCACGGUCCCCGCAAACCCCAGCACAACCAAGCCCUGUCCCCGUACGGAAACCACGGAAUCCACCAGCAACAGCAGCAACAACAACAACAAUCCCAACAACAACAACAUCUUCAGCAGUCGCUCUCGAUGGCCGGGUCGAACCUGAUCAACUCGCCCUCCAAGUACCGUCGGAGCACCUCCUACCCGGGCAAGUCCGGAAUGGGGGGCGGUGGUGGUAACGGUGGAAACAACGGCUUCGGAGGACCACUCGAUGUGGUUCAGCAGCUGGAUGAUAGCCGGGAUCCGUUCCUGUCGGCGUACCAGGACCGCACCGGAUUAAACAAUGGAUUAGAUAUGCGUUCGCUCGAGCACUGCCUCAGCGACAUCAUGCGGAACGUUGGCGAAGCGUCCCAGCCGGAUCAUUUGAAAGGUGAGCGCAAACUGGAACGUAGCUGGAGGAAUGGAUUCCUCAACUGCAACACAAACACACUCCAAUCCUUGGCCCAGCUGCACGGAAAACUCGACUUCCACGAGUUCAUACCAGGCAAACCGUUCUUCUCGGGACUGGACGAGCACAUCACGGACGAUGCCGGCGGGUUCGGAACCGGCAAGGACUACCCGAACGGAUUCCACAGUACCGGUAACUGCUCCCGCUCGUCGCCCCACUCGAACGGUUCCGAGUCGACGGAACGGUUCUCGCGGAAGGUGUUUGUCGGCGGACUUCCGCCGGACAUCGAUGAAGAGGAAAUCACCACGUCGUUCAACCAGUACGGAGCGCUGGUCGUCGAUUGGCCGCACAAGGCCGAGUCCAAGUCGUACUUUCCGCCGAAAGGAUACGCAUUCCUGCUGUUCCAGGAGGAGCGCGGCGUCCAGAAGCUGAUCGAGACGUGCCACCCGGAGGACGACAAGCUGUACAUUACGGUGUCGUCGCCGACCAUCAAGAACAAGGCCGUGCAGAUCCGGCCGUGGCGGCUGGCCGACGCCGACUACGUCCUGGACGCGUCGAUGCCGCUUGACCCGCGCAAGACCGUCUUCGUGGGGGGCGUUCCGCGCCCACUCAAGGCUUACGAGCUGGCCACCAUCAUGGACCGGCUGUACGGUGGGGUUUGCUACGCCGGAAUCGACACCGAUCCGGAGCUGAAGUACCCGAAGGGCGCCGGCCGCGUUGCGUUCUCCAACCAGCAGAGCUACAUCGCGGCCAUCUCGGCCCGGUUUGUGCAGCUGCAGCACGGCGACAUUGACAAGCGCGUCGAGGUGAAGCCGUACGUGCUGGACGACCAGAUGUGCGACGAGUGCCAGGGUCAGCGCUGCGGUGGAAAGUUUGCGCCGUUCUUCUGCGCCAACGUUACCUGUCUACAGUAUUACUGCGAGCACUGCUGGGCCCACAUCCAUUCGCGCUCGGGUCGCGAGUACCACAAGCCCCUCGUCAAGGAGGGCGCGGACCGGCCCCGGGCAGUGCCCUUUCGCUGGUGUUAACGCCAGCCGCCGCGAUCCGUCACGAGC